CGUCUAGCUACUACUAGUAAAAGAGUGCGCACUGCAAACAACUCCGGCAAAGCCGAGCUGGACGCGCCUCACCCGCAUUUUUUACAGCCAGGAAAAGAACAUCGCCCGCGAUAGAUUUUCUAGUCACCGUUUUGUAAAGGAUCGAGUCGCCGGGAAUACGUAGGUGUUCCCCUCAAGCCGAGCGCGGAGGGAUAUCACUCGGGCGCAUUGCACAGGACCAAAAUACUAGGAGUUAAGAGGCAGGUCUGUCAGUAAUUGAGCUCAGAAUUGGCGAGGGCGGUGGCGUGUGGCUGCUGAUAAUCACACAUCUCCUGGAUUUACGGCGCCGGCUGAGAGACACAUUCCGACUGGAUUUACCACACGUUUCUGUUUGUGGCCGGGACUCCAUGGGGUUUUCAGUGUGAGGCACGAGCCGGUUUGUUUAUGUGUGUGGGAGCGGACUGACACGGACGUGACGAGAACACCGGCUACCGGCGUGUGGGUUAUUGGCUGCUGUUCCCGCUGUCUGUCGGCUAGAGCUGAGGAUGCUUCUGUCUAAAUUCGGCUCCUUGGCUCAUAUCUGCACCCCGAGCAGCAUGGACCACCUGCCGGUGAAGAUCCUGCCGCCAGUGAAAACCGAGAAGGAGUCCUUCGAGAAGGUGUACCAGGUGGGCUCCGUCCUGGGCAGCGGCGGCUUCGGCACGGUGUACUCGGGCAGCAGGAUUGCGGACGGGCUACCGGUGGCGGUGAAGCACGUCUCUAAGGAGCGGGUGACGGACUGGGGCACCCUAAACGGAGUCAUGGUGCCGCUGGAGAUCGUGCUGCUAAAGAAGGUGGGCUCCGGCUUCCGAGGCGUCAUCAAGCUGCUGGACUGGUACGAGAGAGCGGACGGCUUCCUCAUCGUGAUGGAGAGGCCGGAGCCGGUGAAGGAUCUGUUCGACUUCAUCACGGAGAAGGGCGCGCUGGACGAGGACACGGCCCGGGGCUUCUUCCGCCAGGUGUUGGAGGCGGUGCGCCACUGUUACAGCUGCGGGGUGGUGCACCGGGACAUCAAAGACGAGAACCUGCUGGUGGACCUGCGGACCGGCGAGCUCAAGCUCAUAGACUUCGGCUCGGGGGCGCUGCUGAAGGACACGGUCUACACGGAUUUUGACGGUACAAGGGUUUACAGCCCCCCAGAGUGGGUCAGGUACCAUAGGUACCACGGAAGAUCGGCCACGGUGUGGUCACUGGGCGUCCUGCUGUACGACAUGGUCUGUGGGGAUAUUCCCUUUGAGCAGGACGAGGAGAUCUUGCGUGUCCGUCUGUACUUCAGGAGGAGAAUCUCCCCAGAGUGCCAACAACUCAUCAAAUGGUGCCUUUCCCUGAGGCCUUCUGACCGACCAACUCUUGAACAGAUCUUCGAUCACCCAUGGAUGUGUAAAUGUGACCUGGUGAAGUCCGAGGACUGUGACCUGAGACUAAGGACAAUUGACACUGAUGCCUCUAGCACAAGCUCAAGCAACGAGAGUCUGUAGAGGAGCACCAGGCCGGGGGUGCUGCUGCCAACACUACCCUGGAGGGUGCAAUGCAUUCACUACACUUAACCCCUUCUACAGGAUUUUUUUUUUUUUUUUUUUCCAUUUUGCAGUUCUCUCCCUGCAAUGAGACUUCAUUUUGACUUGAGCGUCUGAGUUGUGGGCCCAUGCUUACACAGAUGGACUGACUACAGACGAGAAGCAGUGACCUCUUGAGUACUUAGUACACUGUUUUGCUCUCAUAGAGCCUGGACUAGAUUUUUAUUUGCUUUUGAGUGCCUUUUUGAAAGCUGCUUCAGUGGGACUCUUUCUGUUUUUAUUUCUGUUUUGCCUGGAGCUGUGCAUCUCCAAAGAAGGUCCACCUCAUCGCCCCGGGCGUCGUUUGGAGCCGCCCUCGCGGCCACUGGACACGUUGCUCAGUGGACUUUAUGAAGUGAUUCUUGAGUGCAUGAAUGUGUAUUGUGACCAUUUCUAUUCCAAUGUAUUUAACGUGAGAUGUACCAUUUUCAGCAGGAAUGUGUGUUUUUGUUGCCCCAUCCCUUUUUAUUUAAUUUUCCUUUUCAUCUCUACCACUGGGCAACACAGGACCAUAUAGCCUCGGUUUUCCCAAACCCCUCGUCACCCCACAAGUCUUAAGUAUGUAUGGGCAUGUUAUAUGCACAAUCAAUGCAAUAUUCAAGGACUUUUACUUUUUUCUCCAUAUCUGUAUUUAAUUUUUUUCUUGUAUUAUAGUUAUUUAUUGCGCUAUUUAGACAGUUUCUCACUAUUUAUUUGGUUAAUUUAUUUGUCUAGAAGUUAUCCAACACUGUGCUUUACACUGAGAGCCCCUGUUCCCAAUGGAAAGUGACUAGCGACCCCUCUGCAUUCCAUUCAUCUUCCCAGUCUUUUCCAUAACUCCAGCAAGUCUCUUUUUAGAUGGAUAAUUGUUGUACAAAGUCUAAUUUAAAGGAAACUAGAAUUACUGACUUCUCCAAGUUGGUUCUUAUGCCUUCUUUGUCUGGUGUGGGUUACCAGAAAUGUAAAGUUAUGCUUUUUCUUUUUGACAGGAUUUUAAAUUAUUGGCAUUAUACAGUCUCCAUGCAGUGGCUCUGGGAGGUCAAGAGGCAGAGUCAUGACCUUAAUUUAUUAGCUGUUUUGUGAUCUGGCUGCAUUUUAUGCAGCUUGUU